AUGGAAAAACCAAGUCCACCGGUAACGCUCACAACAGACUUAGAAGCUGCUCAAAAUACAAAUGACCACGAGAAUGGCACUGCGGGGAAUCAAAGUGGGGAUGUUGCAGACGUUGACUACUCUAUCUUCACAAUCAGCCAGCGACGAUUUAUCGUCUUCAUGGCCUCAUGGGCCGGAUUCUUCUCGCCAGUCUCGUCGCAAAUCUACUUCCCAGCGUUGAUUACGUUGGGUAGGGAUCUUCAUGUCUCGAACUCCCUGAUGAAUUUGACUCUCACGAGUUACAUGAUCUUCCAAGGCAUCUCGCCCAUGUUCAUUGGCGAUUUUGCCGAUAAAGCUGGAAGAAGGCCGGCUUACAUUGUCUGCUUCGCGAUCUACAUUGCCGCCAAUAUCGGACUCGCUUUGCAGAACAAAUAUGCAGCACUCUUCGUUCUUCGGUGCCUUCAGAGUGCAGGAAGCAGUACCACUAUUGCUCUUUCAUCGGGAGUAGUGUCCGAUGUGGCCACUGCAUCUGAGAGGGGAUCUUACAUGGGCUUUGUUACUGCCGGCUCUCUCUUGGGUCCUUCUAUAGGACCGGUCAUCGGUGGUCUGUUGUCUCAGUAUCUCGGAUGGAGAGCGAUUUUCUGGUUCCUUGUUAUCUUCUCUGGCGCAUUUAUGAUUCCAUUUCUCGUCUUCUUUCCUGAAACAGCUCGUGGUGUUGUUGGUGAUGGGUCAUUGCCUCCUCAAAAAUGGAACAUUUCUCUCAUCAACUACUUGAGAUCGCGAAAACCUCACGAGGCGGGUGAAUCCCUACCAACCGCACCGAAGCAGAAACUCAAGUUCCCUAAUCCGUUCGAGACACUCGCCAUUGUCUUCCAGAAGGACACCAGCAUCAUUCUCUUCUGCAAUGCCAUCUUAUUCGCUGGCUUCUACGACGUCAGUGCAACAAUUCCAUCGAUCUUCAAUGCUCAAUACGGUCUCGAUGACCUCCAGGUUGGCUUGUGCUACAUUCCGUUCGGAGUUGGUGCAAGUAUAGCGUCGAUCCUAAAUGGGCAAUUCCUGGACCGCAAUUAUCGCCGGAUUGCAAAGGCCCGUCUUCAAAUAGCCCUCCCAAUGCUAUUUACCGGCAGUCUCUGCGUCCUUGCCUUUGGCUGGUGCCUCAACUAUGGCGUCCAUCUUGCUGCACCGACGACCAUCUUGUUUUUCAUGGGUCUCACCCUGACAGGCGCCUUUAACACUGUCAGUACACUUUUAGUGGACUUGUACCCGACACAGGCAGCGAAGGCCACCGCGGCCAACAACUUUGUGCGGUGCUUGCUCGGUGCUGGCGCGACGGCCCUCAUUGAUCCCAUGCUUUCGGCCAUGGGUCGUGGCUGGUGUUUCACCUUCAUUGCUCUCGUGAUGAUGGCUACCUCCCCGCUACUGUUGUGGGAGAUCCAUCGGGGUCCUGCAUGGCGCGAAGCCCGUCGGCAGAAACAAGAAGCACAGAAGCUCGAAGGGGAAGUGCGUGCUGAGACCGAGACCGAGACCGAGACCGAGAAGAAUUGA